GUUGUAACUAAAAUGUUUAACUAGACGAAAUUUAGGGUGGAUCUCAUGCAAAUAUGGAGGACGGAGGUCACUCGGGUACGGUGCCCUCGUGUGUUCGAUCCUGCAGUUGCUGACCCCGGUUGCUGCUAGAACAGGCAUACACACGAUGAUCGCCGUCAGAACACUGCAAGGCAUCAGUCAGGGACUGGCGUUUCCGUCCAUGCAGGCUCUAUGGAGCCAGUGGGCCCCUCCAAACGAGAAAGCGAUGCUUUCUGGCUUUUCAUUUUCUGGUUGCUACUACGGCACAGCGAUGGCCAUUCCGUUCAGUACGUUUCUGGCUGAGUGGUUCGGAUGGGAAGCCAUAUUUUACUUCGCCGGGGGAGUUUCGAUGAUAUGGGCUUUCGUCUGGCUCUUCACCAUAUCUGAUUCGCCCUUUGCAGAUUCGAAUAUCUCAGAGCACGAGCUCGAUUACAUAACUCUUGGAACGCAGAGCUGCGCCGGCAAGUCAGAGGUGACUGCUUCGCCUUAG